CAACAGGUUUACGCGCCAAAACAACUUUAUGUUUAGUGGAGCUGUGGUGCCAUAGGAUAACCUACGCCUUAUAUUUCUUUCUCAAACUUACAGCGAAAUGCCCAAGAGUCCCUUAAAAAGGUUACAAUCAAAGAAUGAAGAACAAGAAGAUGUGUCUACACUAAACACACCGAAAUGUCGUCAGAGUGUUAUGUUUAUAAAAGAUUCUCUGUUUUCAUCAUCAAACAUACAAGUGAUUAAGCUGAAACAUCCGAAUACCAAUAAAUCUGCUAUGUAUGUUUUUGAUGAGGAUCACAAAAAAAUAUUGGAUCUGGUUGCUUUUGAUGAAAGUCACAGGUCUUGGUUUAUUGGGGAAACUAUCCAGUCAGAUGGACGUCUGUACAUCAUGUCACCAGUGGAUGUAACAUAUUUGGUCCUCCCGUACUUGAUGAAGGCCACCCAAAAUAUCCCUAUAGACCAUCUACUUGUGGAUCCAGAAUUCCCAGCAAUAUCUCACUUAGCUGCUGUAGCUGCAACAAAGGAUUUUUCACAUGUUGCUGAGAAGAAAGGAACGGCUGAGCUUGGAGUAUGGAAAUACAGUGAAGCCCGCACCCUGUCUUGGUUGGAAGAGCGAGUUAGGCAGCUCUUCAAAUUAUUGCAAGAAAAGAAGGUUCCAACAUCCAGUGGUCAGAGCUUCACUUAUGUUCGUACAAUGGAUUCUGAGCAAACAAUAGAGGCAUAUCUGGUCUUGGCACAUGGCAUCGUAUCAGAAUAUGUGUCUAAGGACCUUAGCCAAUUGCUUCACAAGCACUUGAAGUUGCCAGAAGUAAAAAACAAGCAGAAACAUCUAAUGGGGAUGGAGAAUCAACCACCAUCUAAGAAACAGAAAGCAGAAGGCCCUGUGGAGGAUUACACUAAGAAUAAUACCCCUGUGAAUAAGGUAAAAACGCCACAGACAGCAAAGGCUAAGGCUCUUGCCAAAUCAGCAUCAGGGUCAAAGAACAUUACUUCUUUUUUCUGUAAGAAGUAAGUGUGCAAUGCAGUAAUCAUCCAGGCUGUUUUGUUGGUAGGAAAAUGUUUGUUACAAAAUGUUAUAUAUCAAGUUAUCUUUUUUUAAUAGAGGUGCUCCUCUACUUACGAACGAGUUACGUUCCUGAGGCUUGUUUUUAAGUCCAAUUGUUUGUAAGUCUAACUUUACUCUUGUAGAUACCAAACAUAUUGUAAAAAAUGAA